UUCAAAUCGACGUGUUCUUUUUCACCUUGGUUGGCUAAGUUUGAGGCGGCCUAACAGCUUGCAAUGUACAAGUGAAUUUUGGGAUAUUGAUGUCUUUGUAUGUGAUUCUUUGCAGGCGAUGGGAGUCCAGAAUUCAAUUCAAGGGAAGAGCUAGGGUACCUUGUCAAUGAAUUUCUUGUUUGAAGCAGAACAAGAUCUCCAGGACAGUGCGAUUGUUUGAAGAUAAAAUCGGGGCCAAAUUAAGAGAGAGGAGAGCCACUCACUUAUCCUACACAAAGCUGUCCUCAUCGACAACAGGACUAUUGAUUACCACAACUUGAACUCACCAUUGUGCAGUAACACCUCAUUCUCCGUACAUCAAGAAUCAAACAGUCACGAUGUGUUUCGGAACAACCUUCAUCUGUCCGAGAUGUGGAAAGAUAGAGUAUUCUAUACACCCAGAUCUGAUUUGUGGGGAAAACCAGCCCUUUCCGGCAUGGCAUCAUGUGACAGGGCGCACAUAUAAUGAUCUUGUGUGCGAAGCAUGCAUCCGCGAGGAAGAAGAAGCCCUGGCGGAAGAGCGUCGUCAAAUUGCGCAAGACAGCGCGCGAGCCAUGGCUGUCAAGGAAUAUUACAGAGGGCAACGUGCAACCCCUUUCACAGAUGAGGAAGCAAGAGGAAUGGAGCUUCAACGAUCAAGUGACAUUGCAAGGGCCUAUUCAGAAGGGAGCCGCCUGCACCCAUUUACGACUGCAUUAAUUCCACGUACACUUGAGUCGAUUCGAAUCCAGACGGCUGCCUUCCCCGACGAUCAGAUCAUGCAAACAAUCCCAGAGCGGUUUGCCGAGUCCCUGAGACGUCAAGCAGAAAUUGACGCCACGGGAAGAGCGAUUACAAACGAGGAUCGACUUUAUAGCUACACUGCAAUCCAACUCCUGCUGGACAUGCAAACAAGAUUGCUUGAAGCACAAGAACCUUCGCCCGCGCCACUCUCGCCAGCACGGCGAGCACGAUCAUCGUGGCCGAUCGGAUUUCAGACUUUCACUACCAGGCAUCACCAAGAAAAUCCGCCAGACCGUGAAGUUAAUGCCCUGUCCCCAGAGGUAGAUCUCCUUGAGGAUGUGCAAAGGUAUAUCCAGUAUCUCAGCAAUCCGAGGUAUGAGCGAGGCCAUUUGAGACGGUUUAAUGAUUUAUUCUUCAGCUCUCAAACGAACGACACCCGUAACUUCGACUUCGUACCAGGCCCUAAUCCAGGAAAUCACGUGCCGACUUUCCGAGAAUGGAUCACCUCAGAGCCUAGCCUGCUCGAUGCAAUCCAAACGGAGGAUGAAAACCUUAUGGGUGCUUGGACUGCUACGAUGGUCGGAUACACAACAUAUCUUGCUGAAGGUCUGGCAACAACUGUGCACUUUGAAGUGUUCGUUGCUCGUCGUGAGGAGAUCGCCGAUGCCAAUAGACGACAAUUCAAUCAAUUUCGGCCUACUCCGAAUUUUGGCUCAUCGAGAACUGGCAACAGAGCGGAUGAUUCGGGAGAGCCUGAUAUCUUCUCAUUUCACCAGUGGGUUGUCAACGAGCAUAUGAAUCCCAGACACGAACACCCACGACGUGUAGGAGAUGCUCUGGAGCGGGACCUCGACGGCUACGAGAGAUGGCUCCGGGUAAAUGGCAGUCAAAGGCAAAUCAGUGACUUCCGAAUACUCAGAGCCAACGUUGACAACAGCAUAUUCGACUUCACACCAGCUCUCCCUGACUCUCCCUCAUUUCUCACAUGGCUCGCAGAAGCUAUCCGACGCCGUCGAAGUCGAGGCAAUGCUGAAAUGGGUCGCAGAGAAGCGCUCCGAAGGUAUGCCAGGGAAGUCGUUCGAGGAACUACGAUAGAGGCCCAAUUCGACUGGACUGCUUCUCUCACUCGUCACUAUGAGGAGAAUCGACGAGAAAUCUAUGGCAACGCGCGUGGGGCGUACUCCCAAAUUAUUGAGGACCUGCGGGCCGCUCGGAAUAACAUCCGAGAACUUGUAUUGUUGUCUCUGACCUAUUGGCCCGAAGAACCCAAUCCUGUCUAUGAAGAGACACUGACUACCCGUCGUUUAUUGAGACGUCAUAUUACUACGGAAUAUCAUCCCUCCGCUCAGGAAUGGGAUGACAUCAUGGGACGAUACGUCGUGCCCAGCGAAUGCUGGAUGAAGCCGAGGCAAGGGAACAGGAAGAGAGGAUCAAUGAGAUGGUUCACAAUGCGAUCCCAGGAACUCCUCAGACUGUUGACGAGGACGACGACGCCUCUACGGUCUGUGCGAGUCCGCCACAGAGACAAGGACGACAACGCUCUCCACACUUCUGGCUUGACGACGUUGUCCUGGAGAUGCACAUCGUGGCUUGAAAAUCAAACUCAAUACAUACUCCGCACAAAGCCGAAAAACACUGGCUUCUGUGGUGAACAUAUCUCCUUCAAAGAACCACUGUCGCAUGCCACUCUUGUCAAAGGGAGGCUAUCCUCUUCUACCCAGGUGAGCCAUCAAGGGGCGCUGAGAAGGGAACGUGAGAACUUCAUACGAGACUCUCGCAGAGCGAAGUCUCUUAGGCAGUAUUUCAGAGGUGAGCGGGCUCAUCCACUUCCUGAUGAAGAGUAUCAUCUUCGGAGCCAAGGGCGCUACCGUCUUGAGCGUUUCGACUUAGUCACUAAUAUUCAUUCGCAACCCCCGGCAGAAGAACGCACUCCUCUACAAGAUGCGGCACCAAUUGACUAUUUGGGAGAAUACCAAGCUGGAAGAAGACUCCACCCCUUCAAUGUCACAACCGCUGAGGUAGAGCUUCUCGUCUUCCAAACAGAAGCACAAGCCUAUCCACAGGAUCAAAUUCUCGCCUCGAUCGUCCAGCAGAUGGAACAAUGUGUCCAACGACAAGCAGACAUCGAUGCCACAUCCCGAGCAAUAAAUGGUGAAGACCAAGAAUAUAGAUUUGGGCAUAUUCGUUUUACUUUUGAUAUGCAUCAGGAUUCAUACAGACAAAUUCCUAAUAUCGCGGCCGAGCGUCCAGCUGACACUCUGGAAGUUGAGUCUCCUGAAGGCCAGGAAGAGGAUGAAGACUACCGUGCCCCCGAGCCACCAGAAAUCUCAUUCUAUGAAUGGACGAUCAGAAGCUACCAGCAAGACUCCACUCACAACGUAGGUCUUUCAGCUCAGGAUGCUCUCGAAGCAGAUCUCGACAACUAUAUGUGGUACCUGAGCCACUACGGCACCGAGCUCCAAGCAAACGACUUCCAUCGCCGUCGGGCGCAAAUUGCAAACAGAUGGUACGACUUUGACGACGGCCGCCUCGAUGGUCCGCCUUUGUCCCAAUGGCUCGCAUCUGAGAAUCAGAGACGAGCGGGAAUCGGACUGAAUCAUCUCACCUGCCCUAUCCAAUCUCUCGAGCUGUACUGGCAACAAGUCCUCUGGUAUGAAUGUGGUGAAGUUCAGGAAGCUUAUGAGGUGUCGAGAAGACUUUAUUUCGAGGAAAAUCGACGGGAAUUAUAUGGUCGUCCGAGGGAUGAGCAUUGUCUGCUCACCGAGCGCCUCAGAGGGGCGAGAGAAGAUACGUGGCGCGUAAUGGCGUGGACUGAGCACGAAUAUCCACAUCUCGUCGAUGCUCAACUGAAUCUCAACCAGAUUUGCCAGAUCUUGACGGCGAGAAUUGCUAUGGUGAUGGAGCCGACGGAUGAGCAAUGGACACGAAUACUGGAAUUGGGACAAGAAGCAGUGAGGGAGAUAAGAGAGGCGUUGGCUCAAGGCCCGUCGUCGCGCGAGGUGAGCUGGAAUGCGAUAUCGGCGCUGCUCUCUGCAGACUCGGAUUGCCCUCUGAACACCACGAUUGGUGAUGUCGAUGAGUUUGGAGUGGAAGGCCAGGAAUCCCCAAGAGCUAUGAUAGAAGCAGAGCUUGAGUGGCCUUCAAGUGAAGAUAACUACGAGGAUGAUGAGGAUGCCCUGAUCUUAUACUAG